AUAGAGAAAAUAGAAGACGUUCCUGGAGGACCUGAGAGGCUCAGCUGAUGCUGUUUGCUGCUCAUUUACACUGCUUUUCCUGAGCUGUGAGACACAUCCCUGCUGUUUAACACCGCUGCUGUGCCACACUGGGUUAAUGCAAAGACGUUGAUACGUAAUUGGCAAAUAUGGCCAGCUGUGGACGCAGCCGGUCUUCGACUCCUGGUGCCGACCAACCCGAGGCUAACAGUGAAUCAGACCAGAUGGAUAUGGAAGAUGGCAAGGAAGAAAGGUCGGCCAGGGAGCUUCCACUGAUGCUUGGCCCAGUCGAGCGUGGUAUUAUGAUUCUGAGGAGAGCAAGCUCUGAUACUGAGAGAUUUGCAGCACUGUUAAUGGUAACAAAGCUCAUCAAGGCUGAAGAAUUAGAUGAUGUAAAUAAGAAAAAACUCAUGGAGGCAGUGGGCUUGUCAUUUCUUGCUCGACUGUUGCGGACCAAUGAAGUUCCAGAGGGUUGCCCACCAUUUAUGUUUAAGUCCAUUGCACUCACUAUUUUGUCUUGUUUUAUUUCCUCUUGCUUAGGAAAUCCCACUUUGUAUGGACUCAUUCCUGUACUGAGCGAGAUCAUUGCCAAGCCAGAAAUGCACGAUGACGAUCUGACUUUAAUUAAAGAUUCUUAUCAAUGUUUAAAGAGCAUAGCUUCUGAAAAAGUUGGAAGGAAAGCGAUAAUUGAUUUUGAAGCGGUAGGAUCACUUGUAGAUGCUUACAUAACUGAGAGUUACUGCUAUGAAGAUGCACUGGAGAUUCUGUUAAUGGUUUUCAGCGAGGAAGGUUCACGAACUUGGGAAGAUGAGCCAGAAGCAUUUACAAAACUCAUGAACCACAUUGCUCGUGAAUUUGCCCUAGAUCACGGGGAACACAAGUUCACCCUAUGUGACUUUCUUACUGAAAUGUUACUAAGCCUUCCAUUACCUUCUGUUGAAAUUGGUCAAGCAGAGUGGAAGUCAAAUUUACAUAAAGGUCUUUGUGAUAUCAUAUUCAGUAAAUUAGGCCGUGAGCAUCGGGAUAGUGGCUUAAGGUUAGCAGGGACAGCAAUGGAAUGUCUUGGGGUGAGCUGGGUGUUACACAUGGAGACUGGAACAGGGGAAACAAAGGGUAGACAGUUGCUCUUAAUGCUGGUUCAUCUCGCAUGCAUUGAAGUUCGUAUGAGCUUGGAAGAUAAGACAUUUGAAGAAGCUGUUGCUUUGGCAUCCCCAACAACUUCUUGCUACACGAUCUUAGAGCUUGCUAUAGUCUUUCUUGUCAACGGUGCUGUUAAUUUUGAGCAAAAACAGAAGCAGCAGUUAUAUGCAGCCCUGAAAGGAGCCUUUAAAGCAGUUCUUAUAUUCCUUAAUGGAACUUCAGUUGACGAUUCACUUCUGGAGAAUUCUAAGAACCAUUUGUUUGUAUGUGCAACUAUUCGGGUGUUGGGUGCAUGGUUGGCAGAGGAGACAGCAGCCAACAAAGAAGAAGUCUACAAGACUAUACCUUUUAUUAUCAAAAUCUGCAAGUAUAACUUUGAGCACAACAAAAGAAAAACAGUAACAAAGUCACGGAAAAAGGGCCAGUCUAAGGUUAAUUAUAAAGACGACAGUAAAGUUAGACUUCCAGAUGUUCUUAGGUUCUUACUUCCUGGCUUAUGUCAUCUAACUGCAGAAGAUGUUCCCAGACAUAUUCUCAUAGAGUUGGAAAUAGAAAAUUUGUUAUUUGAGUACUUCAACUAUCACUGGAGUAGCAUAAAAGGUGUGUUUGGUCCCCAGAGUAAAGAAGAUGAAUUGGAAGUUCCUUCCGAUCGAAUUUAUUCUGCUUGUGAAGCUAUGGAUACUAUUAGCAAUAUAUUCAUGAACAUAGUUGUGCAAGAACCAGAGAGAGUUAAAACUGACCACUUUUACUACACCCUUCUGAAGUUAAUCUUUACAAAAGUGCCAGAAAUACCUUUUGAGGAUCGCUAUCUCAGAUUGUGUGGAAAUUCAUCCACGUUGGGACUCAUGAUAUUGCGUCAUCAACACAUUAACGUUAAAAGUACAGACUUUACAAUAUUUAGAUUUGUGCAGACCAUAGUACGCUUUCUUUGGGAUGCACACAAUAUUGAGGAAAGUCGGGACUAUGCAACGUUAGUUGUAUCCUCAAGGUACGAGUUACACUGGUGUAACCUUAUUGACCUUUGGUUUUUAGGUAUGCAUACCCUUAGCCUUCUCCUCCCAACAAUUCCAUGGCUGUGUGAUUUUUUGAUCGAGAGUGAGUGGCCACAGACAAUUAUCACAACUUUAUUGUCUGUUCGUGAAGGAGGAUUGGAUGUUGGCCUUAAAGGUGCCUUUGAAGAUUUCCUUUGCCUACUUUCAAAAUCAUCUAAGCCUGCUUUUAACAUCUUAAAAGAGAAGGGAGUAGAACAAGUUUGUCGUAAUCACAAACUUGAAGAGUUAUCAAAAUUGUUUAAUGUUAAAGUAUCAUAACUCUAGAGUUAAACUUAGGUUGAAAUGGUAAUAGAAAUCUGGUUUAUAUAAGAAUGUGGUUCAGUUACAUGAGUCUUGAGGAGAGUUAUAUUCACAUAUUUGUGGUUGCAGGGGUCGAGUCAUAGCUCCUGGCCCCAGCGGUUGAAACUCCAUAUUAUUUAAUGCCUUAUUGUGAUGGAUUUAGUAAUUUUAUUUUGGUUUAGAGAAAGUUAGUUAUGAGUAAAUAAUUACACAGGAGACUGUGAACUUAUAAAUGUGACGUUUAUGCAUUUUCACUUACAAAUAGGCCUAUUGGAAUCGAUUAAAAUUUUAUAGCAGGCGAGUUUCAGUACAAAUGUGUGACUAUAACAUCAUUUGUACAAUUUAUAGAUAAACAAUUUGUAAUUGAAAAACUAGAACUGUAACUUAUUUGUGAAGAUGUCUUGUACUAUAUAUAUAAGGCAUUGGACAGUGGUAAAGAAAAAACUCAAAUUUUAACAAUGGAGAAAAAUUGCAUGAUUGGGGGAAACUGGAAUUAUACAGCUUAAGUUACCAUACUUUAUUAUGGGACUCUAAUCCUAACUUACAGAAGACACUACGUAUCUAUAUAUCCCCACAGUGAAAGUAUUAAAGAAGUGUUUUUUUCACUGGCCUGGAUUUUGGCCAUGGUAAUGCUUAUUCUUUUCCGCUGUUUAAUGCCUCUUAUAUACGGUAGUACAUUUUCAGUUUGCAAGCUAAAUGGUCUUAAAAAAACACAGAAUGGGUGGGGUUUGAACCCAUGGCAAGCGAGUCUUGAAACUCCAGGCCAGUGCAUUCAAACCAUGAGUUCAAAUCCCACCUGUUCCAUGGUUUGCAAUCAUUGUUAUACAAGUGCCGUGAUACUGACUUCAUAAUCAAGCAGUUAGUGAAGUUAAUUUUCAAGUUUAUAAUUUUUUUUUAUUGUUUCUCCAUAUAGAUUUUGAUUUAGCACUUUGAAGAUGUUUAGAGAAGUGUGAUUAAAAACAAACAAAAUAUCUAAUGAUUAUACAAGAGUACAGAUUCAUACUGAGCUUCAUAAUUUUCUCAGUGGUUUGGCCAAUUAUUUUUAGGGAACUGAUAGUGGCAUGAUGACCAUCACUCACAACUUAAUAAUGGUCAAAAAUAUUCCAAAUUCCCUUUCCAAAAUUUUGGUCAACUGUGAAAUUUUCCAUCCAUGGCAUUGUACCUUUUAUUCAUGAUAACCUUGUUAUAUAAAAAAUCACUUUAGUGUAGUCAUUACUGUAUUUUCUGGCAUAUGAGGCGCUCAUUUCUUCCCUCGCAAAAAGUCUAGGAAAAUCAGCCUGCACCUUAUAAGCUGAACAUCAUGGGCCUAGAGUAGGCCUUGUGUUAUGCUUUGACAUAAAGUAAGAGGGCAAUUUACUCUUGAAUAUGAUUGCAGUAAGUCUUUGACUUAUCAACACAUUGAGAAUCUGUAUUGUGUAUAAUAUCAUACAAUACUCCUCUGAAGGAGGGGUGUUAAUGUUGCAGUUUUAAUAACUGUAGUGUAAGUGCACCUCUGGCAAGACAGUGAUGAAGUGAAUGAUAAUGAAAGUUUUUCUUUUUUCGGGCCACCCUGCCUUGGUGGGAGACGGCCGAUGUGUUAAUUAAAAUAUGUAUAUAAUUAUUAUUAUACACAGUACAGAAGGUCCCCAAUGUGUUCGUAAGUUGAGGACUUCCUGUAUUAUGAAUAAUGUACACAAUUCAAAAGGUCGCCAGUGUGUUUGUAAGUCAAGGACUUACUGUAUUGAUUUACCGUUCAUACUUCUGUUGUGUGCCUCAUAUGCCAGAUAAUACAGUAUGUUUUCAAACACAAGAUACUGUAAUUGUUUAUUUUUUUUUUGGGGGGGGGGUUUCCUUAAAGCUAUAGGAAUAAAAUUCAUGAAAAUAUUUUUUUUAAUGGUAAUUUUGAAAGUCAUUAUGUUUCUGUCUCUCUUUUCUGAUGUUCAACAUUGAAAACUUAAGUAUCCAUGGAAGUACUCCAGUGAUAAUGAUCCUCAAUACGUAGGUGGUUUCAAGUGAGGAAAAUGAAUGUGUAUAUAUUAUGUAAGAUUUUUGAAACGGGAAAAAUUAGAUGUUAUAGUGAUGAAUGGUAGUGUGUGUGGCCUUUAUUUGGGUUUCUCUGACUUGGCACUUGGUCAGAUUUUUUUUUCUUUUUGACAUUUGGUGAAUGACUCGAGUUCUUUUAAGUAUGCAUUAUUUGUCAAUAAAUUCUCGAUAGUUAUACAACAGAAAUAAUUGUAUGUGUUAUGCAACAAAUGCUCUACAUUUUUAUUUUUCCGUUUAAAGCUUUAGUUGUAUUAUUACUGUAUAAACUUUAUCAGUUGAUGUAGAUAGUCUGUUAUUAAUUUGCUAGUUAUCUAUGCCCUCUUUUUUUUUAUAUUCUUCUGAAACUGGUCACAUUUAUUGUAUAUCAGGUGUAACACCAGUUAUGUUACUGUAAUACUGUGCAUGAGAUUAGUACAUUUUAUUUGUAUUGUACAUGUUUACAACUAACCCACAAACUUAUUAUAAAUUUGGAUGGUAUUUUGGUUUGUGUUGGAAUAUUAUCUGGUUAUGACCUGAUAAUGGUUCAGGUUGGACUGAAAUUUUACCUAAAUUUUCUAACAUGGCACAGAUAUGUGGAACACUUGGGUAUCUUUAUUGCCGGAACAUUUCUCCUGCACGACAAGCUUCUUCAGUCGACUACAGGCGACUGCAACACUGGAGACAAGAGUAGUUUUGAAGUGAUCAGUCUGUCAGCCUUGGAAGAUGGUCAGUCCCUCAAGUAUUCAACUGAAGAAAGCUGUUGUCCAGUCAAAAGAUUUCAUCAAUAAAGAUAACCAAGUAUUGCACAUGUGUCUUAUUUUAAACGAAUAAUAUGAUGGUAGAAAGACUGUGUGCAGUGUAAAGUCAUCUUUAAUAAAGAUUUUCUCUGCACAAAGCGACUCUCAGCUAUAUUUGUUUGUAAUGUCAGUAAUCCUACCUUCAUCUCUGAAUUGUGAGUUAUUUGUGAAUUGUGUAAGCCAUAUUUAUGUGAUUUUUAUUCUACACUAAUAUUGUUUGCAUUUGGAGGAAUUGUUUAUAGUAUAAUUUGAGUUCUAAUUUGCUCCUUGCAUUGGCAUGUUAAUAAGACAUGAUAUGCGGUUUAUGGCAUUCUAUUAAGAAAACUUUUCAUUCUUCGGGACUUUAUCAAUCGGAGACUUAUCAGUCAAAGAAUUGAUAAAGUCCCUGGUGGCUUGGUUGGCAACACACUUGCCUCUAUACACUGAGUGUCUGUAGUUCAAUCCCCAGCACAGGUGGAACAUGUUUCUCACUGUUCAUCUAGUAGUAAGUAGGUACCUGGGUGUUAGUGGACUGGUUUGAGUGGCAUCCUGUGGGACAAGAUUGAAAGACCACAAUGGAAAUAAGACAGUCAGUCCUCGAAGACACACUAACUUUCUUGGGUUAUCCUGGGUGGCUAAUCCUCCCAACCCCAGGUUAUCCUGAGUGGCUUACCCUCUAACCCUCUGGGUUAAAAAUCCCAACUAAUGUUAUCUUAAUGAAUCAUUUUCAGUAAUAGAGCAUAGACCACGUAGUUUCUUAUUAACAUAUUUGUUGGUAUAUAAUAACCAGUGAUGUAUAUUACAGUGAUAUAUAUUAAAUAUUACAUUGUCAUGGUCUUUGUAUAGGUUUGCUUAAUAUGGCUGUGGUUAUAUAACUUGUGUAUAUUAUAAAAAAAUGAUUUUCAAGAAAUUUUGACUCUUGCUCAGCAGUGAGAUGUUUUGUUUAUACGAAAUAUGAACUGCAGAUAAUACGUAUAUGUGUGAACCUGUGAUGCUUUAAUUUGUAAAUAUGUACCUAAUAUGAUAGUAGGUGUGGAGCAGUCAUGGUAGGUGGGCAGAGGCCUCCCUCCCAGGUGCUUUUUUUCGAUUAGUGACUAACUUUUGCUAUAUUGACUAGUGACCACAGAAAUAUGAUAGUUUUAGAAAUUUUAUAUACAUACUGAAAAUCAAAUAUUUUUCAAGAUGCUAAAAAAUCAAAGAAAUGGUGAGUUUUAAGUUCCAACUUCUCCCCAGGUGGAGGCACUGGCUUAAGUUCCAACUUCUCCCCAGGUGGAAGUACUGGCUUAAGUUCCAACUUCUCCCCAGGUGGAAGUAUUGGCUUAAGUUCCAACUUCUCCCCAGGUGGAAGUACUGGCUUAAGUUCCAACUUCUCCCCAGGUGGAAGUACUGGCUUAAGUUCCAACUUCUCCCCAGGUGGAAGUACUGGCUUAAGUUCCAACUUCUCCCCAGGUGGAAGUACUGGCUUAAAUUCCAACUUCUCCCCAGGUGGAGGCACUGGCUUAAGUUCCAACUUCUCCUCAGGUGGAAGUACUGGCUUAAGUUCCAACUUCUCCCCAGGUGGAGGCACUGGCUUAAAUUCCAACUUCUCCCCAGGUGGAGGCACUGGCUUAAGUUCCAACUUCUUCCCAGGUGGAAGUACUGGCUUAAGUUCCCCUGAUUCAUAGACUGGUUGUGGUACGGAGUAAUCGUGACACUUUUGCCGUGAUGUUGAAAAUAGUCGGACAGUGGUACAGGCUACAGGCUGACCAGUGGUAAUUCAAAGAUGUUUUUAGCAGGGAGAACCUGCUUAUAAAGUUGUUUAUAAGCAGGUUCUUCCUGCUUAAAAUUUUCUUUGAGCCAGGAGAACCUGCCUGUAAAGUUGCUUUAACUAGGGAGAACCUACUUACACUUGCUUUAAGCACUCUUAGCAAUGGCACUGUAUAAGACACACACCACUAGAUUCAGAAUAUCAGUUUGCUGGAUAAUUGUGUCUAGGGAGAACAGAAUAUUCUCUGCUGGUAUAUAUGUAUGAAAUUGGAAUAAUUAUUAAAUCAAUAUUGAUAUUAACACAUUAAUGAAAAUAUGUUUGAGCAUUGUGGAAGGCUCCAUCAGGUUUGGUGCCCAUGAAUUGCUUGUAACCUUACAACCUCCUUCAAGGUUGGUGCAUUGAUGCUAAUAAAGGACUCUUGUUCCAAAAAAUAGGAGCUGGCUUUUCCUAUCUUGAAUCAUGCCCUUUCACCUCCCAUUCGCUAUGCACUGUAUACCUGGAGAGGGUUUUGAGGGGUCAACGCCCUUGCAGCCCAGUCUGUGACCAGGCCUCAUGGUGGAUAAGGGCCUGAUCAAUCAGGCUGUUACUGUUGGCCGCAUGCAACCCGACAUACGAACCACACCCCGGCUGGUCAGGUACUGACUUAGGUGCCUGUCCAGCGCCUUCUUGAAUUCAGCCAAGGGUCUAUUGGUAAUCCCCCUUAUGUAUGCCAUUUGUGUUUAGCACUUCCCCCAUGAAUGUAAUUGUUCUGUACAGUGCAAAUGAACUUCCAAAUUCAGAUUUGGGCCCUUCGAUUAUCCAACUUUUUUAACAAGGGUCUUUAUUAAAGACCAAAAUGGCACAAUACCAUGACAGGAACAACACACAGAUAACCCUCACAUUCUCCUAUGUUCAGGUUAUUUGUGUAUAGAUUUGACCCUUUCAGGUUUAGUGCCCAGUUAUGAUUAUAAUAAUGUGCAUAGAUUUGAUUAGUCGGGGUAUUCCCUGUAUCCAUUAUGUUUUGACUUGGUAUGCAAUCUUAGGAUUGACAAUCAGACAUAAGGUUUUAUUCAAAAUGUGUUUUAUGGAUUAUUCUUCCCAGCCCCAAAUUUUUUUGUUUGUGGACAUUUCUAUGAGUGUCAUUAUUAAUGUCAAAAAAAUAUUUAAAGAAAUGGCCGGUGAGAAACACUGUGAAUCCAAUUCUGAAAUCAAAUUUAUUAUAGAAGAUUUAUUGGUACAGUAAUCUUUCUUAAAGCUCCUCUAUAUUGUGUGAUUUUUUUGUAAAUGUAAUUGAAAAAAGUUCACUGAAAAAUUGUAUGUGUGGAAGGGCCUUCAUAGCAUAUGCUUUUCAAUUUUGGAGGAAUUUUUUUAAUUGCAUUUACAAAAAAAAUUCUAUAAAGGUCAGCCAUUACUAAUCCGGCAUCAUUGGGACCUGUAGUGUGCCGGAUUAGUGAGUUUGCCAGAUUACAGAAUGGUUAGGUUAGAAUACACUUAAUUAACCUAUCAAUAGACUCUUUCUGCUAUAUUCCUCAUUUUCACCACUGCUUUUCUCCUCCACUGGCUUGCUGCUGUGGGUUUACAACCAUCUGCACAAUUUUUAAGACAGUAUAAUGAUGAAAUUUGAAAUUAUGCUAGCCAAAAUUAGUGCUGGAUUACUGAUGGAACCGGAUAACUGAUUGCCGAAUUAGUGAUGGCCGACCUGCAUAUGUAGAGGAGCUUUGUGACAAUGUACUGAAUCUACAGUAUUGAUAUCUGGGAGCUUGACUGCACUUUGAAGUGGAGUACAGUGGUAGGUAGGCUGUACACAGAUGUAAUUACAUAAAACAAUUCAUGUUGAAAUCAAAGGCUUAUGCAAGCUGGGAUGAGUGUCAUGAGUGCUGAUUAAAGGUGAAAAAUUCACUUAUUUGACAACUGAAACGGGUCUGUGUUUUUUGGCCCGUGAAUAAAGCAUGUCGAGAUUCAUAAAUAUUUUUACACUUGCAUUUCAUUUUUCGGUCCAAGUGGUUUUUCACUUUUUAUGCACGCUUACAAAAAAAAAAAGAAAGUGGGCUCUGUAUAAAAACAUUCAUGUGAUGCUUUUGUUUAAAUGGAAUUAUUGUCAGUUUUCUUGUCAGAAUUAGUUGUUUAUACAAGGCUAAUUUUUGUCGAGGUCUUUUUUUUUUUGUGCUAGUUUUGUACACUUGUUAACAGUGUAAUAUAUGUAGUAUAGUGUUGCACGGUGAUGGAACCAUUUAUAGUCAUGGUCCCUUGCUAUGCUGACGUCACGGGGUCCCCCUGCCAGCCGAGGAGCCCGUGACAUCACUACCCAAAAUGCUCAGGCAUGCUAAUGGUUUUCUUUAUGCUUAACAAUAUUUUAUAACGUGUAAAUCUGACAUUGUAUACUUUGUCAAGAAAUAAAAUUUGUAUUUGCAUAGCAAGGGACCAUGACUAUAAAUGGUACCAUGACCUGUGUAACACUACACAAGUGUUACACUGUUAACACAUUACAGUGGACCCCCGGUUUAUGAUAUUAUUUCAUUCCAGAAAUAUGUUCAGGUGCCAGUACUGACCGAAUUUGUUCCCAUAAGGAAUAUUGUGAAUUAGAUUAGUCCAUUUCAGACCCCCAAACACAUACAUACAAACACACUUACAUAAUUGGUCGCAUUGGGAGCUGAUAGUAAACCGGGGGUCCACUGUACUUGUACAUUGUUUUGUAAAUACAGCAGGUUUUUCAUCAGAGUAUUAUUACCUUUCAUUGUCAUAAAAUGUAAAACUUAUUGACGUAGCGCUGUAUAACCCUUGUGGGUGUAGCGCUUAGUUAUGAUUAUAAUAAAAAUAAUAUUGACAUUUGUUCAAUAUACAGUAGUAAAAGUUUAAGGAAAAAAUAUGUAAGGGAAAAGUUGUACAGGCACAAGUUGAACAAAAUGUAACGUAGCUCCAUCGUGAGAAUCAUUGAUGUAUGACCCAUACAGAUUUAGUGCAUUUUUGUGAAUAAAGUACUGAAUAAAUAAUUUGUGAAAGUGA